AUGAAUUCUUGUUAUUGUUCACUUAGCUGCACUAGAGAUGGAACAAGCGAUGCCCCUGUUCUACAUGAGGAUGAUAUUAGUCUUGCUAUGGGCAUUCAAGGAACUGAAGUUGCAAAAGAAAGUAGUGAUAUCGUAAUCUUGGAAGACAAUUUCGCUUCCAUUGUAAAGUGUUGCUCAUUUAUUGGACUUGGUAAACUGGAGAUUGUGAAGAAUAUCGUACUAGUAGCACAAAGUGAGUUGAAAUGGAAGCAGUUGAGUGAAUUAGCAAUGUCUACAAGACUAUUGGAAAUGGCUAAAUUGCAAUGUAGCUACAAGACCAUCUACUAAAGCAAGGUUGGUGUAAGAGUUGAUGACGAGAACAUUGUUCCAAGACCUUCAGUGAGUUAUGAUGAUGUCCCUUAAUAGCAAUGUAGUAUUAGGUUAUAUAGUUAGGGAUGAUUAUUUGUAUUUGACAUGUUAGUGCAAUG